AUGUCAUCCCAACCGCGGGAGUACCUAAUAUACUUUGCCCAAAUUCAUGAGACGUUCAGAAAAGCAGAGUUGGAUUCACUGUCCCAACUUACUGGUGUGGAAAUCCAAUGGAAGGAGUACUCCGAUGAUGUGAGCGUUACCCUGGCCUACGAGAAAGAGAAGGAAGUGACUAAUAAUAUCUUUCCCCCCCCGGUUUGCAGUCCCCAUUCGCGAUAGUCCACCUCUCCAACAACCCCUCCGCAAAAGCCCUUGUCGAGCGCUCAAUCCUGGCAAAAGCUGUCUACGAGCUCUGGGGAACAGGUCCGGACUACGACCACCUCCACGCAACCGUCAAAUCCCAAACCCCCUACCUCUGGCCUUCAUGCAUGUCGCGCUCCUUCAAAUUCGAAAUAGAAUGUUAUAACGGGAAGCGCAAACAAUCCGCACAGCGGGAGAUAAUUGAAAGCUUCGCCUAUCUCGGCCUUGACGGGGAGAUCAAGAUGAAGGGUCCAGAGAUAACCUUCACCGUUCUGGAGGAAUUCCCGGAGAAAUUGGCGACGCCCACGCGCGUAUUCUUUGGGCGGAGGGUGGGUGGCGGGAGCAGAGCGCUUGUUGAGAAAUACGAUUUGAAGAAAAGGCAUUACAUCGGUACUACUUCUAUGGACGCGGAAUUGGCGCUAGUGACGGCAAAUAUAGCCCUUGUCGCGCCUGGGAAGAUCGUCUUCGACCCGUUCGUUGGGACGGGGUCGUUUGUGGUUUCGUGUGCGCACUUCGGCGGGUCGUGUCUAGGGUCUGAUAUCGACGGGCGGCAGAUUAGGGGGAAGGAUGGAAGGAGCGUGCUGAGUAAUUUUCAGCAGUAUGGGCUUGUGGGGAAUUAUUUGGAUGGGUUCGUCUCGGAUCUUACGAACACGCCUAUACGCCAGACCGCGUUUAUCGAUGCGAUUGUGUGUGAUCCACCCUAUGGCGUGCGCGAGGGGUUGAAGGUUCUUGGUAGUCGAGAUCCGGAGAAAGGGAAGGAACCAGUUAUCCGGGGUGGGGUUUUGAGGCACUUGUAUGUCCCUAGUGACCUAUAUCAUUACUGCUUUGGGUGCUGAUCACGGACUAUAGGCAGGACGACUACGUCCCACCCAAGCGACCUUACAGCUUCCUUGCUAUGCUGGACGACAUCAUGCAGUUCGCCGCGGACCACUUAGUCCCGGGCGGAAGGCUGUGCUUCUGGAUGCCCACUGCCAACGAAGAUUUCUCGCAAUUGGACAUCCCUAGUCAUCCACACCUGCAACUGGUAUCCGUUUGCGUGCAGGAGUUUAAUAAAUGUACCUCCCCUCAAUAUAAUUCCCCCCAUCACGAGCUAACACUCAAACAAGGGUCGAGAAGACUGAUAACCUACUCGCGGAUACAAGGCGAUGCACAAGCUCUGCCCACACGGGAACGGGGGGAGAGAAAUGGAGGAAAAAAGGCGACGGCUGAUGAACUAAAUUCAUUUCGGAAAAAGGUGAGUUGGUAAACUCCUGUGUGGGAAUCAAGACUAGACUAACAGCUUUUCCCCCGCGAUAGUACUUUGAAGGGUUCCGAUCUAGUGGAACGCAGAAUUAGACUCGCUCUAAUGUUUAACUUAGAAUUCUUUUGUGGACAUCCGGUAGAAACCAAAGGCGCACUGUGCACUCUUUCUCUCAUUCGGAUGGGGCGUUUUGGUCGUUUUUUAUCUGACCUAGCUGAUUCGUGCACUGUAUCCGGAGGUUGGUCGGGGCAUCACGCGGCGCCCACACGGCGCAUCCAUUGACGAUCACUCGGCCCUCACGUGACAGAAUCGUUGAGUUCGGCCGGCCGGCCGGCCGGUGGCAGAAAGGUGGUGGGACCUAUGAAACCUAAAUUUAAAGUUUGUGCACAGUGCCUUGGACGGGGUCACCAUAAGUCAGGAGAUUCAGGAAUCCAAUUAUGUAAAAUAUGAUAUCACACCGAAACCUUAAAAAUGAAAACACCCGAUCCAAAAGAUCUAAUCGGAUUUGCUGCAUCUUCGCU